GAAAAUGGCUAAAGACUCAGCUGCUUGGAUAGAGCGUGGUAGGUCAUUCCACCAGCCAGGAACAGACCCGGAGAAGGUCCGUCCGUGAGAGUGAUUUUGUGCCCCUUUGGGAUAGCACCACAAGGCGCCGUUCACACGCAGAAUGCAAGCAUCUGGAGGGUAUAAUGGUGUGGAGCCAGUGGUUGUUCUGUAGGCAAACAUUAGAGCCUUGAAUUGGAUGCGAGCGGCUAUUGGCAGCCAAUGCAAACUGAUGAAGAGAGGUGUGACGUGCUCUCUUCGGCUCGUUAAAGACCAGUCUUGCUGCAGCAUUCUGGAUCAGUUGUAGAGGCUUAAUAGUGCAUGCUGGAAGGCCUGCCAAGAGAGCAUUACAAUAGUCCAGUCUGGAUAGAACAAGAGCUUGGACAAGAAUUUGUGUGGAAUGGUCCGAUAGGAAGGGUCUAAUCUUCCUAAUGUUGUACAAGGCAUAUCUGCAGGACCACCACCCCUCCCAAUCUGGUGUGGGGUGUGAGAGAGAUAGUAAAAUUAGAACAAAACAAAAAAUGCACACCUUAUACCAACCGUUAUAUUAUAUGGCUCAGAGUGUUGGAGGAUAAUAGACAGUGACCUGAAAAAGCUCUGUUUCCACACAAAAAACGCAUUACGAAAAGCCAUCUCUUUCCUUAUCUUUAUUCCUUAUCCUAUUAUCGAAUACUAACCAACCAAUAAACUUUUAUUUGUUUUAGUGAACUAUGGAACAUUUGUAAACAUCACCUUAAAGGGUUAUUUGUGUUGGAACAUUUAGGCACAUAACAAAUAAUGACAUACCUGGGGCCUGCUCUGAAGAGAGCACAUGACGUCAUUGCUGUAGAGUGAAAUGCGGCUGGAGGGCAGGAGGUGAAUUCUCUAUAUAGGAAUCGUUGUCACAAACUCGAUUCCUGUUUUGCAUCAUUUAUGGAUGCUUAAAUCGAUCAAACUGAAAAACCACAAGGAGCUUUCAUCUUUUACGUAACUUUUAUUGUUUUUUAACUUUAAAAGUCAUUGCCUUUAAUAGCAUUUUGCAUCUGCUGAUACUGAAAUGAAUAUGGAUACCUGCUUACCUUUUUUUAGGGCCCAAGCCACUAGCACUGUUCGUACUAUGCAUGCUGACCUGAGAAACAUUUUCCAUGCGAAUAUUUCAGCAGUUAUUGUGUAUGUUCCGUAUUUCUGUCGCGUGAACCAGCGAUACCAGUCAUUCAUGAAUUAAUCAUUCUUUCGUCUCGAUUCUUUCUUUUCCGUGAUUUGGCCAAACGCUCUUGCAAACGUUCUGAAACCUUUGGAUUCGUUCAGACCGCUCUGUCACUGAAUCAUCUGUAGUUGUUUCUACGUCAGUAACAACAAAUACAGAACAAAUAGCGCUGUUUUCAGAUGUUUCACUAGUUUGAACUACACAGAACGGCCCAGUGGAUAAGGGAACGAAAGCUUAAAGGAACUGCGUUAUUCCCGGUCCCAGAUACCAUCAUUAAACAGCGUUGCGACAUCUAGUGAGAAGCGUUUCAAUUCGACACACACCUCUCGGUUACAAACUACAAAUCACUCGAUGAUUAAACUAGUUUUAAAUCAGAUGAAACAGCCUCAACAUUCCCACCAAGACUGAUGAGGAAAACAGGAGAAACAUGCCAUGAAUGAAGAUAGAAGACUUUUAAAUCCCAAAAUCACCACCCUUACAAACAUUUACCAUGAAUGAACUGUUGUAAAUUACCACGGUUUGUGGAAAUGAGGAAUAUUUAUAUUGAAAACUUAUAGCCAUUUAUAUUGCAAUAUAAAUAUUAGGUGGGUAGGGGAAUAUAUAUUAUUCAUGUUGUUACAGUGGCUCCAAGGAAGACGAAGAGGAGUACAAAAAUCCAACAAGGUUUAUUUAGAAGACUCAAAGAUAAUCCAAAAGCGUAACACAGUACAGCAACACAAGUAAUACCAGACAACUCAAGAGUGAAAAGGCAGGAACUUAAAUACAUAGCAAAUUAGGUAACUAAUAAUGAACACCUGUGAUGAUUAAAUGAAUUACCAUGACAACUAAACUACCAUGAUCACCCCAUCCCCCUCCUCCCUUAUUAGGAAACAAAUUUUGGCUAUAUAAAUGAUCUAUCAACAGCAUUUGCAAACAUUGGAUGCAAGUUUCUAGUACCUUUAUCUCAGAAGAGGACACUGACUGCUGAAUUCUGAUCUAUGAAGAGAAGAGCAAUGAAUCUGUAUCAUAGCAUCCUGCUACUCUUCAGCUGCCAGUUCAUUCACACUCUGGCUUUAAACUGUGAAAUGAUUUGUGGCACCCUGAAGCAGAUAGACGCUGGGGCAGGCUCAGUGGUUGGAGUGAACGAUCAAAAUGAAGUCUUCGUCCUGAAUAAUAACGUCUUCACAAAGGUCUUUACAUCUCUAAAACACUUCAGUGUUGGUCCUGCUGGUCAGUUUGGGGUGGAUACAGCAAACAACAUCUUCAAGGUGCGGGGUGGCAGCCUUGUGCAGAUUGCAGGCCUUCUCAAACAGGUGGAUGCUGGAGGAGAUCAGAAUGUUGCAGGUGUCAAUAUGUAUGAUGACAUAUAUUGUUUAAAUAUGGAUGCUAACAACAAUUUGCCAUCCAACUCUGUUCCUUGGAUUCAACUUGGUGGAAAGCUGAAGUAUUACAGCUGUGGCCCGUACAGCUGUUGGGGAGUGAACAGCAUUGACCAAAUCUUCUUCAUGAAGGGUGUGUCUGGUAAUGCCUGUUCUGGGUCCGGCUCUUUUGUGAAUAUUCCUGGACUUCUGUCCAUGAUUGAAGUAGCAACUGAUGGCAAUAUCUUUGGUGUCAAUGCUCAAGGGGCCUUAUUCCAAAGAACUGGCGUCUCUCAGUCCAACCCCGCUGGUACAGACUGGUUAUCGAUUGUUGCCUGUCCCAAUGGCCACAAGCAUGUGAGCUUUGACCUGGGAUUGCUGUGGGUCGUCUGUGUUGAUGGCUCCAUCCGCAGGUGUACUUUAUAGUCUGUCAAACAUCACUGCAGGAACAGAGGAGCUCAAUCAUUAACAGAAAUCUCAGAUAUUAUUAACAGAAAACUAUAAAAGCUUGAUUAAUCUUAAUCUUUCUUUUCUUCUCUCUUUCUUGCUGUUGAAUCAAAGCAUUAUGAUAGCAUCUUAUCAGUGUUGUGUUUCUUGUAUCAUUUAGUUCAGUAGUUCUCAAACUGGAGUUCCAGCAUUAGUGGAAUUUACACUGUUUACAUUUUAAUCAAAUUGUUCAUGCUUUAUAUCUAAUGUCUGAUUAGAAUUUUUAUGUUUAUGCAUCUAUAAAGCCCACAUUUUUAGAAAUGCAGAAAGUUAUUAGUCAAGGUCAAGGAUUCAAACUAUAGCAACUUGUGUUUGUGCAGCUUCAAGAGAGCAAACAUUCAUGUGUUGAACUUCACUUAUGUUCUUUAUCUCUGAAUGUAAAUGUAUAAAUAUUUAAAUUAUUUUUAAUUAAAAAAUAAGGUAAAACAA